AUGUCAGGCUGUGUGACCCCCGCCCUCGUCAUGCUGAUGGUGCCGCUGCUGGCUCUGGUGCUGCUCAGUCCCAUCAGCUGGAGCUAUGAGGUUCUGAGUCCUGGCUGUCACCUCUACCCCUUCAAUGUGACCAUUCGUAGCGACCGCAAGGGGACGUGUCGCGGAACCCACGUGGUGUACGCCUGCGUGGGCUACUGUGAGUCCAGCGCCUUCCCGUCACGCUACUCGGUCCUGCUGGCAUCCAACUUCACUCACAACAUCACCUCCACCUCCCGCUGCUGCACCAUCAGCAAAGACGCCAGGGUCAAAGUUCGGCUGGACUGCCCCCGUGGCCGCCACCAUGAUGAAGUUGAGAUUUCGACGGCACAAGCCUGCAGGUGUGACAUGUGCCGCAAGUCCCGCUACUGA